CGGAGCGCAUCGAUCGCGUCCAUCCGCCCACUCGGCGCUCGGCUCCCUCGGCAGCUCCAGCCCCAGCCCUCCCCGUCCCCCGCCAUUUCAGACCGGGACGGAGAGGGACGCGGAGCGGCCGCCGCGGCGGGGGCGGGCAGGGGCACACCGGCGUGCUCCCGCGGCCCGCGCAGCGCCAGGCAGGUCUGCUAAAAAAUGACAGAAUAUAAGCUUGUUGUUGUUGGAGCUGGUGGUGUAGGCAAGAGUGCCUUGACGAUACAGCUAAUUCAAAAUCACUUUGUGGAUGAAUAUGACCCUACAAUAGAGGAUUCCUACAGGAAGCAAGUAGUAAUUGAUGGAGAAACUUGUCUCUUGGAUAUUCUUGAUACAGCAGGUCAAGAAGAAUACAGUGCAAUGAGGGAUCAAUAUAUGAGAACUGGGGAAGGCUUUCUGUGUGUAUUUGCUAUAAACAAUACAAAGUCUUUCGAAGAUAUUCACCAUUAUAGGGAACAAAUAAAAAGAGUUAAAGACUCUGAAGAUGUCCCAAUGGUGCUAGUAGGAAACAAAUGUGAUUUGCCUUCCAGAACAGUAGAUACAAAACAAGCUCAGGAUUUAGCAAGAAGUUACGGAAUUCCUUUCAUUGAAACAUCAGCAAAGACAAGACAGGGUGUUGAUGAUGCCUUCUAUACAUUAGUUCGAGAAAUCAGAAAACACAAAGAGAAGAUGAGCAAAGAUGGUAAAAAGAAGAAAAAGAAGACAAAGACAAAGUGUAUAAUUAUGUAAAUACAAUUUAUCCUUAUUCUUAAGACGUACUUAAGUAAUUUUUGUACAUUACACUAAAUUAUUAGCAUUUGUUUUAGCAUUACUUUACUUUCUGCUUCAUGAUCCUGUUAGCUUUACCUGAAUGCUUGUUUUAAAUGACAGUGGAAACUUCAUUCCUCUUAAGUGCCAGUAUUUCAGUGUUCGUUCUUGAACUACUAGCAAUGCCUGUGAAAAAACAAAACAAAACAAAAACCUGAGAACUCUCUUAGGACUCUUUGGUGCAUGCACAGUUGCUAACUUCCUAUUUUUCUUACCAGUUGUGAAUUUCUGUUCUGUGUGCAAACAAAACAAUGAAUUGAUACUCUCUACAUUCAAAUAUGCCCUUUAAUAUUUUUAGUUUUUAAAUCUGGUUGAGAAAAUGGGCUAGUUAGCAAAAGAGAUUCAAACUUUGACUUUGUUAUUUCAGACUUUCUUUCACUAUAGACUGAUGAUAUAGAGAGACCAGAAGCCUUUAUAGUCUUCCUGUAGUUUUUGCUUCUAGGCAUCUAGUCUUGUAGCAUUUCAGAUCAACUUUAAUGAAUGUAAAGAUGUAACUUUCACAAAAAUGUUCACUGCAAUUUGUCACAGUCACUUCUUAAAUACUAUAUUUUUUCUAUAAAAAAAGAAAAAAUAAAAAAAGACAAUAAUGCACAUCUGGCAAUGGAAAAAGUAAAAGUUCUAAUUAGGUUGAUUUGCUAUUGUUAAUGCAUUGCUUUAAGACUUUCACUAACGUUUUCUGUCUGAAGACCACAGUGAAAUCCUGGCUCUCCUGACUCCCCAGUAGCAAACCUUCAAGUAGUUCAGGAGGUACAGGAUUUCAUUCUUAGUGUCUCUAAUAAAUACUAGAACGCCUUAACAGAUAAGUUAAUUCAAUUUAAUUCAAGUUAUUUCUUAGGUUAAUCCAUACAUGGAUCCAGAAUUUAUCAUAAGAACUAAAUCAGAAUAUUACUAAACUAUAUAGCUCAGUAAAAUCAUUUACCCCCCACCCUCCCCCGAGGGUGGCAUUAUAUAUUUCCAGAUGCCCAUUUUGUGUAAAACAGGAGGAAUUUUAAAUUCUGGUAGCCUCAAAUCACUGAAUGAAUGAGCUUGAAUUUAGCUGCUUCAUGCAAUUAAAUUGGAAAUUCACUAUGCCAUAAAAAGUUGUGGAAUUUGCACAAACAUUCAGCAUAGAUCAUGGUUUCCAGAGUCAAUGUUGUUUGUGUGAUGUUUGUGAAAUACUAGUUUUGUUGCACAGAUUAAAUAGUUGGUGAGUGGCAUUCCAGUGUCUAGAGUGUCAUGAAGCUAGACCAAGAUUUCAAUGUUGUCUUUCUCUGUAUUUUUUUUUUUCUUGUGACUUUUGUUUCCUGAUUGGAAUUAAUGCAGAUUUUUUGCAGAAGCUUUCAUUUUUGGUACUGCAGUAAACUAGUUACUCUGCACCAAAAAAUAAGAGCCAGUAACUCCAGUGUUACCAAAUCUUGUUGUCUUAUUGUAAAUGCUGCAGUAUUUGAUUGUUUUAGUUAGGGCCUCAGUUCCUGAAGGUACACUUCUUAUUAGCACCUAGCUCAGAUAGGUGCAAAGUAAAAUUUGAAAAUGUGACUCCAGUGUACCCUGAGAGAUAAAACACAAGAAGUUGAAGUAGCCAUAGUUCAGGACACUGGACUGGUAAAGUUUUGGUUUGGAAUAGGGAGUAGCAGUAAUGCCCUAAUCCAAGAUAUUCCUAAACCCUUACAUCUAAAUUAUGUUCCAAGUCUUACGCAGUAGAAUCUUCAUAUACCAGUGUAACUUAGACUAUUUAUGUGAUGUCAAAGGUGCAACUGCAUAAGAAAAGUAUUCUUUUGCUUCUAUAGAAAAAAAACAGCAGUGACUCUUAGCUGCAAAGCUGGCAGGGGAAUCAAUAAGUAUACUGUCUGGAUUGCUGCAUGUUCUUUUAAUUUCUUCAUGGCUGGGAGAAUUUAGCAAAUGGAUGCCUUUUCCUGCUCUCCUCCACCCCCAAAAAGUCCCCACCAAAACACAAAUCCUCUUACAGCUUGGAUGUGAAAGAUAUUCUUUAGAUUACAAAACACUCUGAAAGAUGGUGAUAGCAGAACCUAACAUUGUAUCAUAAGGACCAAUAAGGAACAGGAACAAAUCCUUAACGUCACAAAAUAUUUUACAACUUCUAAGGUUAAAACAUUUUGGAGAUAGUUGGUUAUUUGCAUAUUAUAGACACUUUCUUGAUGUAUAUGAACAGUGUAGCAAAAGUGGAUAGUAUACCUCGAACAAACAAAGUAAUAUUAAGAUUUGUGAUUUUUGGUAACUGAGUCACACUGCAUGUAAAAUUAGGGCCAGUAUGAAACCUUUUAGGCUAAUUUAAUUAAACUUUUAGGAAAAAAUUUUAAUGGUAAUGUUUUAAUCAUCAGAUGUGGAUGCAUAUAGCUCUAAUAUAAAGCUAUAUAUAAAAGCUUUUUCAGUAAAUGUGAUACCAAUCACCAGUCUAAUUAGUACAAAAUCUAUUUAGACUAGUCCUUAUUGACUUUCUGAAAUUAUACAUCCUUGCCACUGUUGUGCAGUUUUGUCUUAAUAUUUGUAGAGAUUUGGUGAAGCAUGUUGGAUUGCAGCUUGCACAAGUCGAUUUCAUAAUUCUUCUGUCUGUCCCUACUUGAAAUGCUUUUAAAGAACAUACCUGGAUGCUAUCUUUUCUGAUAGUAACUACUAAAUGAACAUGUGGAUCACAUACCACAUUAAGACAUUAAGUUGCCAUGUGUCAGGGAAUAACACCUUCUUACAGUAGCUUUAUGUAACUCUGGUAAACAACUUUGUCAUUGUUUUUCUCAAAACUGAAGUUUAAUUCUCAUGACCAGUUUCACUGCCCUAAAAUUUUUGCUAACUUAAAAGUUUUGCAGUAUAAAAUUUGUUACAAUAACAGGAUUUCUGUAAUGGGUACAGAUAAUGGAUACAUAAUCUUCCACUCUUAUCAGUACAAUGAAGCAAUACAAUUACCUUCGAAGACCAUCAAACAGUAAACAAAUCGUUUUGUGUGAAGUUUACAUAAAGCUACAUAGAUGGUAAAAUCUUUCCUAACAUAAGAAUUCUUUAUUCCACUGUCUUGUGUUUUCAUGUUGAAAAUACUUCUGCUUUUUCCUCUUGAGUGCCAACUUCUUACUAGAACAAUUUCUUAAUGUAAUAUGUUUACCUGGAAUGUAUUUUAACUAUUUUUGUAUAGUGUAAACUGAAACAUGCACAUUUUGUACAUUGUGCUUUAUUUGAUGUGGAACAUAUGCAGUGUGAUCCAGUUUUUCCAUCAGUUGGUUGCGUGACCUAGGAAUGUUGGUCAUACCAGACAUUAAGUUAAAAUUAAGAAGACCACUGUUUGUUUUUAAAAAUUUUAAUGUUUUUAGGAGUAUGUGCUGUGAGGUGAUCUGGAAUUUGUCAUUUUUUUGUCAAACUGUACUGCUCCUAUUUAUUGUAAUGUAAUAAAAAGUUAUUGUGAGUUUCUGUU